AUGGAGCCUAAACUACGAACAACAAGUCAAGACUUAGGGAAAAUGGAACCAUUUAUUGCAGAUAUUUGGAAUCGGCGUUCGACCGUGCAUCCAUUACCUCAAAUCAAUCAUUAUGCUGAUGGAUACAUCAAUACGGAAUCAGGUGUAAUAUCUAUCAGAAAUGAAAUCUGCAAAUCAUUAAAGAAAAUUGAAGAAGCAGCUGCAGAAUUUGAUCCAAAAUAUGCAAGAAAGAACUCCCUCACAGCUCAAGAAUAUAUAACUUGGCUUAAAGAUCAAGAAGGAAUAACGAUUCCAAUCGAUGCAGCUCAAGCUUACAUAGAUUUUUAUAAUAAUGCACGAUAUGGACCACAUUCAGUAGAAUUUACUGCAGAAGACUACACUUUCUUCAAUACACACUUUAACAAACUGAUGAGUGGAAUUCCUCCACCAAAUGAACAAGCUCCUCUUACUCCGGCCACAACAAUCUUGCAGCGCCGUCAAAAGUCAUUAAAUCACUAG